AUGGCUCAGAAAAAGAAGAAAGACAGCGAUUCUUCUUCUUCUUCUGAUUCUUCUGAUUCUUCUUCUCCCAACCGCCAAAACAAGAAUCAGCGUAAAGUUAAACCGCCGCCGCCACCAAUUUCUGAUGCUUCCGAUUCCUCACCGACUUCUCCGGCGAAGGAGGGUACUCGCUCGCCGCCAUCGUCCCGGAAUCCUCCACCGCCGUCUGAAGAUUUGACUCCGCCGGAGCGCUCACCACCACCACCAGAGGCAUUGCCGCCGCCGUCACCACCACCACCAGAAGUGUCGCCUCCACCACCACCACCACCAGAAGUGUCGCCUCCACCGCCGUCGUUUCCACCACCACCAGCACAGAUACAAAACGAAGUCGCUUCUACUCCUUCUCCUCCUCCACCAUAUACAGCACCACCUUCUCCUCCUCCUCCUUAUUCUCCUUCUCCACCUCCUCCUCCUCCUUCUACUCCCGAAAAUUUGCCGGCUAUACCCUUGCUGCGGUUUUCUUCUUGGCCUUGGUGGCUGUAA